CCCUAUUUCGCACUUUACAAAAACAAAAGCACAAGCUAUCUCCGCUGGCCCCAAAAGCUCUUUAGUAUUCUUGUUUAUUAAGCAGUUUCGACAUCUGGCCACAGAACCAGCUCUGAGCUCGAUCUAUACUCUCGACUAUCAGCUGUGAAUGUGCAUAGCAUGCCACCAACAUGUCCGCCUAGCAACGCUCAUCCGUCCCGCUCAAAAAGCGUAUGUCGACUGUACUGCCGCUAUUGCCACAACAACGUGUGCAGCAGAGGCAUGAGGGCGCUGCUGCUUGCCGACAACAGAAUCGAGCUGUUCUCGACGGACAUGCCGCCAAUGCUGCGCAUUCAGCUGGUGGGCAUGGAUUACACAACACGGUCAUGCAGGUGCAAAAUACGAAACGUGGCCUGCCUAGGGUGUGGAAAUGAGAUUGGGUAUCACAUAACCCAGCCCUGCUCCGAGUGCUUGAAGGCGUGCAACAACGGGCAUUUUUGGAUGUUCCUGACGGAGAGCGUGUAUCCAGUCGACCUGAAGGACCAGAAAAACAGCGCCUUGAUGAUGUGGGCAAACAUCCCUCAGGAAUACGACCUUGACGAGUGUGUGGCAUAUGGAUGUCGCGACACAAUCUGCAGGUGAAUCUCAGAGCCGCCCCCAAGCUAUGUCCGCCCUGCCUGCAUUUUGAAAACCGGCACUAUCCUCUUUCUGUACACGUACUUUCGCCUCUGACAAUCAAAAUGCACGCACACAACCGGACCGCCUUCUCUCUUCCCUUUUCCGUUAAAUUGGUUCCAUAUAUGGACAAGGG